AAAGAAAUUUGCUCAAUAUUGAAUGUAGUGCGGUUUGUCAAGUGUACGCGCAAGGAGCGUGGUAGGUGAAUAACAUGUCAGGUAUUAAGGGGGCUCAUAACGACAUAAUAAAGGAUUAAAUGUUUUUUGUUAACUGGCCAACUGAUUGCGGAAAAAUUAACGGUUCUGUAACUUUAGUGAAUGAAACCAUUGAAUAUAACAUCGUAAAUACUGGCCUACACGUUCACGCAAAAAAGGGCACUCUUGCAAAAACAGGAAAAAAUUCCGAUGGACAAUAAAAUGUCUUAUCUUCAAAACAUUGAAUUUUAGCUAUCUUUCCUACAAAUUUACUGCUAAAAUCUUUCACGAUCGCACCAACACGCCCUGUUCUUUUUGACUGUUACUAUAAAAGAAAGCGAUUUGCCACCAGACAAAUCCAACGUGCUUUAAAUGAACCCGUGCGUGUACGUGCCAGACAAGACAAACUUGCCAACUGACGUUACACGUGCAUGAUUCAGCCAAUUAGAAUUCUCAAGGCAACGAAUCAAAAACAAACUGCAAACAAUCCAAGCGUUUGAUUUUCCGCUUUCGUGGUAUAAAAGGUUUUUACCCACCUAUCUUCGUUCAGUGUACAAGUGCUGUUUCAAACAGAGUUCUCGCUCGACACUUCCUUCAGUGCCAAAAUGAAAUCGUACUUGUUGGUCUGCUUAGUGGCUGCUGCCAUCAUGGCCACACAAGGAUACAGGCACAGUCAUAUCCAGGAGUCGCAUCAGUUCCAAGAUGAAGCCCUUAGUGCGUUAGAUAACAUGGAAGAUCCAGCGUCCGGUGCUCCACCACAACCACCACAGCCACCACAGCCACCACAGCCACCACAACCACCACCAAACCCUCACGAGUGUGACUGUAAUGGAGUUUGUCGUGACCUUCAUGAAGAUCGUCUCCCAAAGGAAAUCCAGGACAAGCACAAUUAUCUGAGCUACGAGAAUUUCCCAGUAUUGUGUCGUGAUGCAGCCUCCAUCUAUCUGCCGCCAGAAGAACAGGACAAACCCCAGAAAAAAUACGUCUGCAAGCAGACCUUCGACUGCUGCCGUUAUUGUAAUGCGCUGUUUUACAGAUGCGUGGAUAAGAAGUCCAACACCUAUGGAUUCUGCAUGCGCGGAGCAUACAAAUGUAUGUGUCAGUGCAUUGAUAAGAGAUCAUACCAGGAACUGCCUUACCCUACGCCCCCACCAACCCCCCCAGCCCCCCCAGCCAUCCCCUAAAGUGACUAAUGUCGCCAUGAAUAUUGUUAUACUAGCUUUGCAGAGCUGUUUGCAGACCUGAAUUCUAAGCCUGUAGGAGAUUGAUUCAUUUUGUUUUGCUGUAGUCGACAGCCAUAGUGAUGUAAACAGGUUCAAAGUCAUGUAAACUACUAAUAAACAUCCUUAAAAUGAAGUAUUUGAUGUUGUUCUUUGUUGAUCUAUAGAUUCUCCCCAGCCUUCCAUCAUUUUUUUCUCUCCGCCUUUAUUUUUUGCGAUAAUAACCCACACUUCUGUCAUUUCCAAUUCGAAAUUUUCUUUUAUGUUCUCAAUGCGAAAAUUAA